AGUGAAGACGAUGACAUGCCGACACCAACGCUCUUCACUGAGAUGGACACUCUACAGAGAGAAGGAGAGGAGCUAGAGUGGAAGGAGUCUGCCAGGUGGGUGAAGUUCGAGGAAAAGGUAGAGGAGGGAGGGGAGAGGUGGAGUAAACCCCAUGUGUCCACACUGUCCCUGCACAGUCUUUUUGAGCUCAGGACAUGUCUCCAGACAGGAACAGUGCUGCUGGAUUUGGACGGCUACUCGCUGCCUCAAAUAGUUGAUGACAUCAUAGAGAGACAGAUAGAGGAAGGCAUGAUAUCUCCUGAUCUCAGAGAAAAGAUCAGUUUUGUCCUGCUGAGGAAGCAUCGACACCAGACCAAGAAACCGAUCCACCGUUCCUUUGCUGACAUUGGCAAGUCCAGCUCUUCUACCAAUCGGAAUGUUGGACCCCGAGGUGGAACGGGUCCAGGGCAAAUGGCCAACUUCAACAGGUCCACAGAGGACCUCCGAAUAAAGCAGCAGCCAGCAGCCAACUAUGGCCGCCUGCGUGAGUGUCACGCCCAGAGCAGAAGUAUGAAUGAUAUUGCGGACACUCCAAGCACAGACCAGUUGAAAAAUAAAUUCAUGAAGAAGAUCCCCAGAGACGCGGAGGCUUCCAAUGUCUUAGUGGGCGAGGUAGACUUCCUCAACAAACCUUUUGUGGCGUUUGUUCGCCUGGCCCAAGCUACAACUCUAGGAGGUCUGACAGAGGUCCCUGUUCCCACCAGAUUUCUGUUUAUUCUGCUGGGGCCCCAAGGAAAGGCCAAGUCCUAUAAUGAGAUCGGCAGAGCAAUAGCAACUCUAAUGGUGGAUGAUCUCUUCAGUGACGUAGCCUACAAGGCAAGAGAUCGGGAAGAUCUUAUUGCAGGAAUAGAUGAGUUUCUGGACGAAGUGAUUGUGCUUCCACCUGGGGAAUGGGAUCCCAAAAUCCGCAUUGAGCCGCCUAAGAAGGUUCCCUCGGCUGAAAAAAGGAAGUCAGUCUUUUCCCUAAAUGAGCUGGGACAGAUGAACGGCACAGCUGGCGGAGGAGGAGGCCUGGCAGAAGACGAGGAGAUGCCAGUUCAGCAUGAGCUUGGAGAGGAGCUGGCAUUCACUGGACGGUUCUGUGGGGGUUUGUACUUGGACAUAAAGAGGAAAUUGCCAUGGUUCCCUAGUGAUUUCUACGAAGGGUUCCACAUUCAGUCCAUCUCCGCUGUGCUUUUCAUCUACUUAGGAUGCAUCACCAAUGCCAUCACCUUUGGUGGGCUCCUUGGGGACGCCACUGACAAUUACCAGGGUGUGAUGGAGAGUUUCCUGGGUACAGCCCUGGCUGGUUCUGUCUUCUGUUUCUUUGGUGGUCAGCCCCUCAUCAUCCUCAGUUCCACUGGACCCAUCCUCAUCUUUGAAAAGCUGCUCUUUGAAUUCAGCAAGAGCAACAGCAUAGAUUACAUGGAGCUGCGUCUGUGGAUCGGCAUGCACUCGUGCCUACAGUGUUUCAUCCUCGUAGCUACAGAUGCCAGUUACAUCAUCAAAUACAUGACGCGUUUUACUGAGGAGGGCUUCUCCAGCCUUAUAUCCUUCAUCUUCAUCUCUGACGCCAUCAAGAAGAUGGUGGGCGCCUUCAAAUAUUAUCCCAUCAACACAGACUUUAAGCCCGACUAUGUCACCACCUACAAGUGCGAGUGCCUGGCCCCAGACCCGAUGGCUGCAAUGAUCUUCAAUGGUUUAGCUCCAAUGCCAGAUAACAGCUCUAGUGUCUCUGGGUUGAAUGUGACAGCUCUGGACUGGAGCCAGCUGAGCAAGAAGGAGUGUGUGAAGUAUGGAGGCUCUCUGGUGGGAAAGUCCUGCAAGUUCGUCCCCGAUCUGGCCCUCAUGUCCUUCAUCCUCUUCUUUGGCACCUACUCCAUGACCGUCUCCCUCAAGAAGUUCAAGUUCAGCCGCUACUUCCCAACCAAGGUGGGUAAACUAUCUGUCUACAUAUGUGUCCUUUUGAACCAAGUUACACAAUGUUUUUGCAAAACUCAUAAUGAACUUUUUCAUCAUAGUGGAUUGAAAACAAGUAUUAAAACACUGCCUUUCAUUUAACAGCCAACUCGACCGGGUCGUGGCUGGCUUGUGAUGCCUUUUGGGAAGAAUCCAUGGUGGGUGUAUCUGGCCAGCUUUGUGCCCGCCCUGCUUGUCACCAUCCUCAUCUUCAUGGAUCAGCAGAUCAGCGCUGUCAUUGUUAACCGCAAGGAGAACAAACUUAAGAAAGGCUGUGGCUAUCACUUGGAUCUGUUCUGGGUUGGAGUCCUGAUGGCCACAUGCUCCUUCUUGGGUCUGCCCUGGUACGUGGCUGCCACCGUCAUCUCUAUUGCUCACAUCGACUCUCUGAAGAUGGAGAGUGAAUCGAGUGCUCCAGGAGAGCAGCCGCAGUUCCUCGGGGUCAGAGAACAAAGAGUGACAGGCAUACUGGUGUUCGUUCUCACUGGAGUCUCCAUCUUCCUUGCGCCUGUACUUAAGUUCAUCCCCAUGCCUGUGCUGUACGGUGUCUUCCUCUACAUGGGUGUAGCAUCUCUCAGUGGAAUCCAGUUCUGGGAUAGGAUAAAGUUGUACAUGAUGCCUUCCAAGCACCAACCUGACUACACCUACCUGCGUCAUGUUCCUCUCAGAAGGGUACACCUGUUCACUCUGAUCCAGAUUAUAUGUCUGGCUGUGCUCUGGGUCCUCAAGUCCACCUUCUUGGCAAUCAUAUUUCCCGUUAUGAUCCUGGGUCUGAUGGUGGUCAGAAAGAUGCUGGACAUGGUCUUCUCCCAGCACGACUUGGCGUGGCUGGAUGACCUCCUGCCUGAAAAAGAGAAGAAGAAGAAGGAUGAUGACAAGAAGAAGGGAAAGGAGAAGGAGAAGGAGAAAGAGAAGAAGAAGCCCAAACCUGAUGACAGUGAGGAGGAGGACAAGUACCACGGCUACGCGAACCACUCACCCAGCUCUGAGUCAGACUUGGAUCGAAGCAUCACCCUCCAUUUGAAGAUCUCCUGUCCGUCGUCUCCUACCAUGACCAUGGGCCGAGGAAUGCCGUGCCCGGUGCCCCAGGUCAAGAUCGAGAUGGAGUCAGAUUACGAUUCAGACAUCGACCACCACCGGCCUCGUGACAUGAGCAGUGAGACCACAUUAUAAAGCUGAGAUACGAUAUCUCAUUGACUGAAGAACAUAAAACAAAGUGUGGGCAGACUACUGAAAGCAGCCAGUGCUGACCCGCAGACAGCACAGGAUGGCACAGAC